AUGGAGGCUGUUUACCGUGCCAUCCAUCCUAUCUUUAUGUCAUCUGAGGCAAUUUACCUCUUGAUGGUUGAUCUUUCGAAAAAUCUUUUCGCUACAGCCCAGUGUCGUGUAAAAGAAAAUGGUCGAGAAGAAGUUACUAUUCCUGCCCCCGAUUGUAACGAUACGAACUUUGAUCAUAUCAUGAGAUGGUUGGACUUGGUACACUCCUUGAGACGUUCAAGACAAAUGCCUCCCGUGAUUCUUGUUGGAACACACGUAGACUUAGUAGAUAACCCUGAACAGAAACUUCACGAUUUGAAAAGUACCCUCUGCCAUAAUUCAAGAGUUCUCAGCGAUCACAUUGCAAUAGCCUUGAAUGUAGAUAACACCAGAGCUGGCAUAAUCUCCCCUCAAAGAGAAGAUACAGGAAUUACCAAAUUACGCGAGAAAGUUAUAAAGACGGCUGACAAAUUACAGCAGGCAAAAAGGAAAGUUCCCCUGAAAUGGCUCCAGGUCGAAAACAGAGUGUAUGAUAUGGCAAAGAAAGGCACAAAAUACACAAAACGGGAACACUUAAGGCUAAAAAUAGUCGACGAAAUCGGCCCGUUGGAAAAGGAAGACGACUACGAACACCUCUUUAACUUCCUUCAUGAUCGCGGCACUAUUUUGUACCAUGUCCAGGCCGAGGAUCCCAAUGGGUUGAUCGUGCUGGAUCUACGAUGGUUAACUAAGGUGCUCUGUAAGAUAGUAUCUGUUAAAACCCACGAGGAUGAAGAACUGUCCCUUUUUUCGCUCAGCCAAGAUCUAAAAGAGAAAGGUAUUCUUCAUGGAGAGCUUCUCGAUCAUGCGUUAAGCGCCCAGAAACUCUCUCACAUCAGAGAAUCCUUGUUAUUCACAAUGGAAAAGUUUAAUCUCCUUUGUAAAUUCAACGACAAGGAUGGCAAGCCUGCCUUCUUGGUGCCAUGCAUGCUGACAACCACGCCAGAAGAAGAUCUGAUUCCUACAGAAGAUGAAGGAUAUGCUCCCGCGUACAUCACAUUUGACACUGAUUAUGUUCCCGCUGGGCUCUUCUGUAGAAUUCUUGUUCUCCUUGGUAAGUGGGCUGCGUCAAAAACCAGUUGUGACUCGCAGCAGUUCUUUUCCAAUGCUGCCCGGUUUAUUAUUGGAGAUCGGACCUGUCUAGGGCUCGUCUGCCACAAAAUUGCCAUAAAGGUCCACAUUUGGUCAAUGGACUCUUCCAACCCGGUAAAUAGUAAUCCGACACUCUGCGAGGAAGCCUUCAGAUCUCUCAAGGAGACUUUGACGUUUCUGAAAAAGGAGUGUUACUGGAUGCGUGCUGUUUCCUGGAAGUUCUCUGGUAAAUGCAACCUGUGUCUGAGGAAAAUAGAUCCCAAGACUAAAAAUUGCUUUCGGCAUUGCAAAAGAGGAUGUGACAGUGAUGACUGUGGCCACUAUGUUGCCAUAAAUUCGCGCCCAUUCUGCUGUGUAAAUGCUAAAGUUGUUGAUCAGCGCCUUCAGCGGACUUGGAUACAGGCAUUACCAUCCAUGGAAACGAACAGCGUAUCCACCACCCAAAUUAACAUGGGUGAAGCUCUCGACAGCAAGAGGUCCAGGAGCAUCAACUCGCACAGCUUUCCUUCGUCUAGCCACUGCAGAGGAUCUGAUUGUGCGUUAAACGUCACUCUCCUGGCUGUUGAGUGGGGUUCAUCUAAAGGAGGAUUUUCAACCAUAAACAGAAAUCUAGCCAUCAAUUUUGCAAAACACAAACGAUUAAAGGUCACUCUCUUCGUGCCAAAAGGUUCUUGUAGUGAUGAAGAGAAGAAAGCUGCUAGAUUGAAAGAACACUAUGACUCCUGUUUAUGCCUUGAUAAGAAACAUGACGAUAUCAUUCAGCUGACUCCAGGCAUAUUUAGUGAAUUCUCUGAUGUAAAGCGAGUCUCACAUAAACGGAGUAAAUUCAGUGUGUUGAUCUAUGGCCUUAUUGAUCCUGAGGACUUCUCCCUAAAGGGUUAUGAUCUUGCCGCAAAGGCAAUGGCUGAACUGAAGAAUGACAAUUACCGGCUGUUAGUAGUGGGUGCACCCGAAGAAAAACUGGAACAAAUCGCCAACACUUUCGAAAACUGUGGAAUCUCAAGAGCUAAAUUGGCUGUCAGAAGCAUUGUGAAAGACAGGGAAAAAUUGGUCAAGUUAUUUUGCGAGGCUGAUCUUCUCCUCAUGCCCUCAAGGACCGAGGCUUUUGGCUUAACUGCCUUAGAAGCCCUGUCUGCCGGUCUUCCUGUUCUCGUGAGUGAAAACUCGGGACAGUGGCAGUACAGAGAUCGAGAUUACCAACACCAGGUUAGGAAGAAGAGUUAG